GAUCACGUGAGCCGGUUCCAAGAUGGCGGCAGGGGUGGCCGGGUGGGGGGUUGAGGCAGAGGAGUUCGAGGAUGCCCCUGAUGUGGAGCCGCUGGAGCCCACGCUUAGCAACAUCAUCGAGCAGCGCAGCCUUAAGUGGAUCUUCGUCGGGGGCAAGGGUGGUGUUGGAAAGACUACCUGCAGCUGCAGCUUAGCAGUCCAGCUAUCCAAGGGGCGGGAGAGUGUUCUGAUCAUCUCCACUGACCCAGCCCACAAUAUCUCUGAUGCAUUUGACCAGAAGUUCUCCAAGGUGCCUACCAAGGUCAAAGGCUAUGACAACCUGUUCGCCAUGGAGAUUGACCCCAGCCUGGGUGUGGCGGAGCUGCCGGAUGAGUUCUUUGAGGAGGACAACAUGCUGAGCAUGGGCAAGAAGAUGAUGCAGGAAGCCAUGAGCGCCUUCCCAGGCAUCGAUGAGGCCAUGAGCUAUGCAGAGGUCAUGAGGCUGGUGAAGGGCAUGAACUUCUCGGUGGUGGUGUUCGACACAGCGCCCACAGGCCACACGCUAAGACUGCUCAACUUCCCCACCAUCGUCGAGCGGGGACUAGGCCGCCUCAUGCAGAUCAAGAACCAGAUCAGCCCCUUCAUCUCACAGAUGUGCAACAUGCUGGGCCUUGGGGACAUGAACGCAGACCAGCUGGCCUCCAAGCUGGAGGAGACGCUGCCUGUCAUCCGCUCCGUCAGCGAGCAGUUCAAGGACCCUGAGCAAACCACCUUCAUCUGUGUGUGCAUUGCUGAGUUCCUGUCCCUGUAUGAAACGGAGCGGCUGAUCCAGGAGCUGGCCAAGUGCAAGAUCGACACGCACAACAUCAUUGUCAACCAACUCGUCUUCCCUGAUCCCGAGAAGCCCUGCAAGAUGUGUGAGGCCCGCCACAAGAUCCAGGCCAAGUACCUGGACCAGAUGGAGGACCUAUAUGAAGACUUCCACAUUGUGAAGCUGCCACUGCUGCCCCAUGAGGUUCGGGGGGCGGACAAGGUCAACACCUUCUCUGCUCUUCUCCUGGAGCCCUACAAGCCCCCCAGUGCCCAGUAGCACCACCAUCAGCCCCAGCUGCUGCCAUUUCACACUCACCCGCCACCCGCCGGGGCAGAGUUUGCACAAAGUUCCCCCAUAAUACAGGGGAACCACUUGGGGGAAGGGAGGCGGGGAGGGGGUCUUUUCCCCCUGGUGGGGCUGGGGGAGCUGUAGAUGCCCCCGCACCUCUCCCCGCCUCUCCUCCCUCAAUAAAAUGAUCUUAAACUA